GCUAUCUUCCGAGGAAGAACGGCUCUUCCUGUCGAAAGACAGAAUUUCGUUCCUUGUCCUUUGAAAGCAAUGGUUCGGGUUCUCCCUUCCGGAGCAGCUGGAAGCGAGCCGGCUCCAGUCUUCCAUCGGGCAGCCCUUCCGAUACUGGCACAUGGGGCGAUGCCACUUCCCCUGUCCCUUGCCGGUUGGGGUCCCCACCCCUCCGAGGAGCAGGCUGGCGUCGCCCUUUUAAGGCGCGAGGGUGCCCGGCGCUUCUGUUUACAGAAGCCAGCCGGCUGGGCGUCACGUGGCCUCCAGCUGGCCGGCUGGCUAAUGGGACGGGCACCUGCCUGGCACCGGGAGGGAGCCCCAGGCAGCGGAGCGAUGGAGGCGCCCCGGGAAGACGUCCUGCAGAGCUCCUGGGUGGAGGUGCCCCUACUUGGCCAGGAGGAGCCCCCCACGCCGGCCUGUGCGCCUCACCGCGACAUGGAACAGAUCCUGCUGGAAGCGCAGCUGGAGGUGGAGUCGCCGCGGGCCGAGGGCUCCUUCCUUGCACUGAAGGCGCCUGGUGUGGAGGACCUGAGCCCAGGGCAGAGGGAAGACACUGAAGGGUCUGUCCAGAUGGGGACCCUGCCCUGGUCGUGGCCCAGCCUCCCUGAGCACCAAAAGGAGCUGGCCUGCCUGCCCCCUGCGUGUGCCCCCCUGCUCAGCCCAGUUCUACACAGGAGGAGGGGGUUGCGGGACCCCCAGCUGCUACUUCUGGUCAUCCCCUCUCUGCUGCUCAGCCACGUCUUGGCCUUGGGCCUUGGCAUUUGUAUCGGGAAGCGUCUGGCUGCCUCCCCAGCAAGCAGCCUGUAAGAAGCAGAGAGGGGCCUCCUGGGACACCCACCCCCAUCCCAGCUCCCGGUACCGAACUGUUGCAUGGCCCCCUCUUGCCCAAGACGACCUGAGAAGUGGUGCAGAGCCCAGCAUCAAACCUGAUACCCCCCACCAAUUUCUGUGUACACAACCUUCCUUGCCUCCACUGUGGGGCCAAGCCCUCAUAAAGAGUGUCUGCGGACUUAGCCCCAAAGCCCCCUCUCCACUUUCUCUGUUGUGGGGUGACUGCUGCAGUGGGGCAGAGGGGACUGGGUAGCCGGGCUCCAGCAGCAGCAGCCCCCUUCCUCCUCCUCCUCUCCUGUGGGCCCUGCUAGCAGCUGGGAGUUAGAGCCUGGACACAUCUGGAAGGCCACAUCUGGAGGUUGCGCUACCCCCCCCAUAUGCCAAUCCAAGGAGCUUCAGAAAGACAAUCUGCAUCAAAGCAUGGCAGCUGAUCUACUGGAAAAUGCCAUUGCUUCAUUCAAAAUAAAUCCUGUUUUUCAAAAUCCU